CAGCACGACGGGGCACCCUCGCCGCCCGAUACUGGCCAGAAGAAGACUAUAGACAAGAAAGAUGGGAGACGCAUGUCUUUUCAAAAGCCAAAAGGGACUAUAGAGUAUAUCGUGGAAUCAAGAGAUUCUUUGAAUACUGUGGCCUUGAAGUUUGAUACUACUCCUAAUGAAUUGGUGCAGUUAAACAAGCUGUUUUCCAGAGCAGUUGUUCCUGGACAGGUUUUAUAUGUUCCUGAUCCAGAGUAUCUUUCCAGUGUGGAGAGUUCUCCUUCACUUAGUCCUGAAAGUCCUUUAUCACCUACAUCUUCAGAAGCUGAGGCUGAGAAGACAGCUGUAAGUGAUUCAGAUGGGGCACAAAAGAAAGAAACAACAGCCAUACCAGCAUAUCCAUGUGUUCGGUCUACAAGAGUUGUAUCAUCCACAUCAGAAGAAGAGGAAGCUUUCACAGAAAAAUUUCUCAAGAUCAAUUGUAAAUACAUUACUAGUAAUAAGGGAACUGUCACCGGUGUGCUCCUAGUAACACCAAACAAUAUAAUGUUUGAUCCACAUAAAACGGAUCCAUUGGUUCAACAGAACGGCUGUGAAGAGUAUGGCAUCAUGUGUCCAAUGGAAGAAGUGAUGUCAGCUGCUAUGUAUAAAGAUGCAGAUGGCAAAAUGCAGGAUUCAUUACCCAUUGAUGUAGGUCAGUUAUCUGUAAAAGAUCUCUGCCACUUCAAGAAAAUUACCAGAAGUAAUACUGAUGAAAUGGAAUUAAGAAUGCGAGAUACAGGAAAUGAUAGUGCCAGUACUGCUCCAAGGAGCACAGAGGAAUCUCUCUCAGAAGAUGUUUUCACUGAGUCAGAACUGUCUCCUAUACGAGAAGAGCUUCUUGAUGAUCUUCGACAAGACAAAUCUUCUGGAGCUUCAUCUGAAUCGGUCCAAACAGUAAACCACCCUGGUGGAGAAUAUGUAAAGGAUAUUUCAGACUCUGCUAAUAUUGGGGAUGUAAACUCCAGUGGAGAACAGCCUUUGAAUGAUGACAGUGUUUCUGUUAAUGAAGCUGUGGACUCUAAAGCAGCGGACAAAGCAAUAAAAGAAGUUCAGAAUAUUGGAACAUGUCAGGAACCUAUAGAAGGAAACGUACCAGAGAAUGAGCAGCAUUUGGAUUCUGAAAAAACUGAUUCCCAAAAAGAGGCCACAAAUGAAGGGGAAACUGUGAAACUGCCAACUCAAGAUUCUGAGACAGAUACUGAGAUGCUGCGGAAGCUUUGGAAGAGCCAUACUAUGCAACAAACCAAGCAGCAACGGGAUAACAUCCACCAUGAAAUGCAUAAAGAAAUGAAACACAAAAUGGCAACAGUAGAUGGAACUAUAGAAGGUUCUCUAAUAAAAGAGAAGAGAAGACAUCGAUUAUACAAGUUCUUGUGUCUCAAAGUAGGCAAGCCAAUGCGAAAAACAUUUGUGUCACAGGCAAGUGCAUUGAUGCAGCAAUAUGCACAAAGAGAUAAGAAGCAUGAAUAUUGGUUUGCUGUGCCAUCAGAAAGGACUGAACAUCUGUAUGCAUUUUUUGUUCAGUGGAGUCCAGAAAUAUAUGCAGAAGAUACAGGAGAAUCAAAUAGAGAGCCAGGAUUUAUUGUAGUAAAAAAAAUUGAAACUCAGGCUGGUGAAGAUUCAAUUAAUGAAACAGCUGUUAAGGAGUGGGAGGUAGUGUCAGUGGCUGAGUAUCACCGCAGAAUCGAUGCUCUAAUUAGUGAAGAACUACGUACACUCUGCCGACGUCUCAAGAUUACUACAAGAGAAGAUACAUAUUCAAAACAGGGAACAACUAUCAAAACCGAACUGGAGCCUGAAGCAUUUCGGCCAAAUCUUAGUGAUCCCAGUGAACUGUUGCAGUUGGAUCAAAUUGAAAAGCUAACAAAACAGCUCCCUCCUCGAACUAUUGGAUAUCCAUGGACUCUUGUCUACAGUACUGCAAAGCAUGGCAUGAGCUUGAAGACUUUGUACAGAACUAUGGCAGGCUUGGACACACCAGUGCUGCUAGUUAUCAAAGACAGUGAUGGACAGAUUUUUGGAGCUCUCGCUUCUGAACCUUUUAAAGUGAGUGAUGGGUUUUAUGGCACAGGAGAAACCUUUCUUUUUACAUUCUGCCCAGAAUUUGAGGUCUUCAAGUGGACUGGAGAUAAUAUGUUUUUUCUUAAAGGAGACAUGGAUGCCUUGGCUUUUGGUGGUGGAGGGGGUGAAUUUGCUUUAUGGCUUGAUGGAGAUAUCUACCACGGAAGAAGUCACUCUUGUAAAACCUUUGGGAAUCGCACACUUUCUAAGAAAGAAGACUUCAUAAUACAAGAUAUUGAAAUUUGGGGCUUUGAAUAAGUAUAAACUGUUAAAUACUACAAAAGUUUGUCCCAAACCUGAUACUGAUCAAUGCAGCUCAGAAAGCCCUUAAAGCAAUAUAAUGUAGCUUGUUUUGCAAUGCCUUUCUACAUCCUCUGCAUGACCAUCAAAAUGUCUUUCACAUCAGCAUAUUGGAAUGGAACUGACUGUUCAGAUUUUUUUUUUUCAUUUUUGAAAGUUAAAAAAGCUUUCAAAUCGUAAUUGAUUAUUUCUUUACGGGAGGCAGGUUUUUAUCAUCAUGUCAUUCACAUAUCCAUUUGUUCUUAUUCUCACAAUUCAAAAAAUUCCUUUAUUUCUGUUUAACUGUUUCACUGAAGCAACCUUUAAGCAACAUAAAAUCUAAUUUGAGUUAUACUGUAUUUACUUGGCCUAAGUAAGAGAGGUUCAUAAUUUACCAACAGUGAUCAGUCUUGGCUGUUCAUUUCAAUCAAAUAUCACCCCAUAUUUUAUUCACAUGUCAUGAAUUGGUAUCUGUUGUAUUUUACUGUUGAAACAGUAGCUGCCCUAUUGAUUGUAUUGAAGCAUUUUGCACAUGCCAUUAAAUGAUCUGCAGGCUUGGGACAAAUGCUGGGCAAGGAUUCAGCUACGUGAUCAAUAUAUAUAAAAUAGCAAUGAGCAACUUGAAAAGUAAGCAUAAUGCAGUGAGUAAUUCAUAGUACAUAUAAUACCUUCUUAUUGCUAAAGCUAUGAAACAGAUGCAUUUUUUCCAAACAGCAUAUAAUAUGCAUCAAAUUUAUGCGUGUGUGUCUGUGUGUAUAUCUACACAUGCACACACAUACAUAACACACCACUCUGUUUUAUAGUUCUUCUGUUGUAGCCUUGUAGCACAUCAUCUCCAAGAAUUGCUCCUGUCCAAAACAGAAAACAAAAUAGGUGUGGUGUUUUUCUCUUCUUUUGAGUGGAUCUUUGUUGUAAAACUGCAGUUUGCACCAGCUCUGAUGCAAUGGGGUAACGUACUCUAGAUAGACAUCAUAACUCAGUAGAUGUGUUAAUAUGCAAAAUUUACUGUUCUGUGACCUCAAAGCAAAAAGAAAAAAAGAAAAAAAAACAAAUUAUAGUAAAUCAGUAGCUCUUGUCCACUUUUGUAGAAAAACUAAAAAGCCAUUGUGGCAAUAACAACAAUUGUUUCAAAGCUUAUAUUCUAUGUUUAUGCAAAAGAAAACUAAUUUAAAAAUGCUGUUAAUGUGACAGUGAAUGACUUUGUGCUGAAAUCUCAGCUAUUCUAUUUCAAAUGAAUAUUGUAUAUAUUAACUUGUACAUUAAUGUUUAAAAGUAGUUUUUGUUAUUUUAGAGGGGGGGAAAGUAUUGAUUGACGGGUUGCUUCUAGCACUUUAAAUUAUUCUAGCAAUGGAAUAAAAAGCCAAAUGGCUUAGCUCAAAUAAUUAGCUAUAGUUGUAUAGAAUGUUACUAAUAUAAGUUGUUUCAGAAUUACCUGGGGAAUGCUUACUGCUGUGGUAAUGGAAAAGAGAAUAUUUUAUCCUACAAUAUGCUCAUGCUUUAUAUUGCUAAAAAAACACACAGCAUUGUUUUCUGUCUCAAUGUAUAGCUCUUUACUUCUAUUAGUAGAGUAUAUGUAGAUUCAAUGUUUACAGACAAAGAAGUGUAAAUAAAUUAAAAUAGCUCCCCCCCUUUGGUCUUCCACAGCAGUGUUAUUGUCUUUGUGGGUUCACUAACUAAACAAUCCUGUGAUGGAUUAAAAUACUAUAAGGUAAUAGUGAUAUAAAGCAAAUAAAUCUAAAUUCAUGUAAUUAAACUUGAGUUGGGCUUUAUUUAGAUGCACGAUCAUUUUGUAAUUAACAAUCGGGUUCAAAGUAUUAAAUCAUAGCCAAAAUACUAGUAGUGAUGAAGCAGAUGCAGUUCCAUGAUCUUGCUAAAAAUAUUUCUGAUAAGGAAUUGGAUGUUUUAAAAUAUUGUUACAGAGCUGUUUAUUAAUUGGUAAUACACUUUGACAUGUGGUGUUGGAGUUGCUGCUAAAAUGUUCAUUACAGCUGUGUAGAAAUUUCAAUAUACAAUACAGACUGCCAUUUAACAAGAAAAGCAACUUUACCCAUCUUGCCUUCCUUCCAGUAAGAAAAAUCAAGUGAAUAACUGCAGCUAUAAAAUAGAAUUAGAAUCUUUAAACUUCAAGAAACCUUAAAAAUGCUACUAACAUUGAUUCAGAAAAAUAAUAGGCUAUUUCCUUGGCUUUAAAAAAAUCAAUCUUUUCCAUCUCAGAAAAGUCAUUAAAUUUAUUUCAUUCUUUUUCAUUUAUCCCAUUGUAUCAACUGAAUUUGCAGUGCAUUUCACUUGUUAAUAUAAAUAAGAUUUUGAAAUGGAUCACAUUCCUAUAUUUGACAGAAAUAUUUAAUAUCUACAGCUUAAUUUAGAUCAAUCAAUGGUAUAAACUGUGCUCAGUGAACUUUCAUAAUCCAAAUCUUGAAACAAAAUUAGCAGACAUAAACCUGAAAAUAAUAUCCUUGUCCUGGGAAAGCAAAGUUUUUUUAAAUUGCAUUUUUCAAACUGAAUUAUUUUACCUAAUUAGUAAGGUAUAUCAAGCUUUUAUUCUCAGUCUAUGGAUGCAAGAAAAUGUAUUGAUUAAACGUAAAAUGUUAUUUGCUUAUAACAAACUUUCUUUAUAAUGCUAUUAAUAUUUCACAGCACUUAUGAUUUUUGCACAUGAUUUCUUGCAAUCUUAAAUGGUAUUUUUGAUACUUGACAAAAAACAUUCAAAAGCUAUAUAUACAUGCAUGCACAUAUACUGAUAUUUGCAUAGCAACUCUUAAAAUAAAUUUACCAUCAUCCUGACACAAAAACAUAUUUUUUCUUCUGUAAGAAGAUGCAGGAUCUUUCACUUUGAAAGACAGCAUACCAGUUCUUUUCAACAGCUAAUAUUAAAAAACAAUGUGGUUCAUCUAACACUGGGACCCCCAGUUGGUUUCAAGGAUACCUGCUAGAGAUGGUGAGAAAUGUGGUAAAUUAAUGAAUUAUAGAUUUAUAUGUGGGUAUAUUCCCAUGGUAGCUAUUUUGAGAAUAGGCAAUCGGUGAACACUCACAAGAAGUUUAGAAUUUAUCCAGUGUGCCCACUAACUCAAAAAGAAUGGGAUCCCCUUAUUUGGAAAAUACUAAAAAACAUGGCAAUCAGAUUUAUUACAAAGUAUUAUUAUAACAUCACAUGACCAUGGACCUCACCAUGUUUUAAAGCAGAUUUAAUGAGCUCAUAUUCUUAAAAUAAAUUUCUGAAAUGUUAGGGUCUAAUAUUAAUUAAAAUCAAUGUAGCCUUAAAUUAAGGAGAAUUCAAUCAUCUGGUUGUUCCCUGUUUUUUGGGCACCAGGGAACGG